AUGACAGACCAAGAACCCAAUGCGGUGCUGGUGUCCAAGACGCCGGAAGGCAUCACCACCAUCACCAUAAACCGCGAACACCGCCGCAACGCAAUUGACGGGGCAACUGGUCGCAAACUCACGGAUGCCUUUCUGUCUUUUGAGGAAGAUGAGACUCAAAAGGUCUGCGUCUUCCACGGAGCGAAUGGGACCUUUUCAGCGGGAUUCGACCUCCACGAAGUCGCCAAGUUUCAUGAUCCGUCUGGAACAAGCUACAAAGGCCCAAUAAUGGACGAGUCCCACCGUGUCAAUGGACGUAACAUCGGUCCCAUAGGGCCUUCGCGGAUGCAAAUCAAGAAGCCCGUCAUCAGCGCCGUAUCGGGGCAUGCUGUCGCCGGCGGUCUCGAAUUAUCCCUCCUGGGCGACAUGCGCGUGGCGGAGGAAGACGCUGUGUUCGGCGUGUUCUGCCGGCGCUUCGGAGUCCCGCUCAUCGAUGGUGGGACCGUCCGGCUUCAGGCCAUCGUGGGGCUCGGCCGGGCUCUCGACAUGAUUCUCACCGGCCGGCCUGUGGGUGCUCCGGAGGCGCUGCAAAUGGGCCUUGCGAAUCGCGUCGUUCCUAAAGGGAAAGCGCUGGAAGAAGCCACCAAGAUUGCCAGACAAUUAUUGGCGUUUCCCCAGGCAUGUAUGAAUACGGACCGCGCGAGCUGUUACUAUUCCGCCUACAACGCCUCGUCGUUUGAAGACGCACUGAGUCACGAAUUUGAUCAUGGAAUCAAGGUCAUUAGCACGGAGAGUGUCCGGGGUGCGGCACGAUUCAGCAGCGGUGUCGGACGGCAUGGAAGCUUUGAGGAGUCGAAAAUUUGA